AUGCUCGCCACUCUCGAAAUCAUGGAACGCAUAUUCCCAAACCUCCCAUAUGCAGAUCAGGUUUGCUUUGCUUUGAGCUGCAAAACUACAUUUGCUUGUUUCAAGAAGUUCCUUGCUCUACAGAACAAGACGAUUCGAGACAUACUGCCCCAUGAGUACCGGUCUUUUCUGAACUUCACAUAUUUACCUCAACCGAAGACAGAGCUCGUUCGCCGAUUAGAAAACACUCGUUGGAAAUUCUGCCCUCAGUGUCUGCGUCUCCAACAACACUCUGCCUUGCGGGCCCUAAAGUCUAAGUUGAUACUUCACCUCCCGCUGUCAUCUCUUGAUAUUCCUCAACAAAGUCCGCGGAGGUGUAGCCAGCUCUACGCCGGCGAAGCUGAUGUUUUCCCUGGUUUAAGUAUCACUGUCCGUGACAAGCUCGAUUUGAUCAGAGCUCUACAAAUAGGCGGAAAGAAUGACUUCUAUGAGGCCACUUACCAUUCAUCAAAUAAUAGCCGCUCAGAUCAUAAUCAGCAAAGGUAG